GUAGCCAACAGUCAUUUCAAGUAUUCUAUUACGUAUCGACAAAUAUUAUCACAAUGCGUGUUGCUUUGUUGAUUGGAUUGAUCGUGGCCAUUGUUGAGUGUGUUUCUGGAAAUACAAGGAGGUGGCCUUCGUCAUUAUAUGGACCGAUGCGAAAUCCAAGAUGCAUCAGUUGCUCAGAGGUAAAAAAUGCUCAUCUGUGUGAAUCCUGCUGCAAAGAAAAUGUGUGCCUCCCUAACCCAUGUCAAAAUGGUGGUAUUUGUUCACCAGUUGGUACCGGAUAUAGCUGCAACUGUACUACUGGGUAUUUAGGAGAAAACUGUGACGUGCCUAUUUGUGAUCCUGAUCGAUGUAAGAAUAACGGUAUGUGCUCAUCAGCUGACAGUGAUUGUUAUUGUUUGACACGGUACAACGGAGAAAACUGUGAUGGUGGACUUCAACGAACAGUCAUCUUCCUGGAGAAACAAACCUCGCCAGGAGAAGACGUAUUUAUAAGAGGCGGAAUAGAUCAUAAGUUUCGUUCAGGUUGCACCCAGGAUGCCAACACAAGUUCAUGUGCUAUAUCAAUCAACCAUCCAGAUUUGAACUCAAGUGCUUUCUUCUCUAAAUAUAACGCAUGGAGGGUUGGGGAUAAUUUCCUGGACUUCUAUGGUGGAGAAGCAGGCCAGGGUUCAUUUGGGAAUCAACCUGCUGAAGGGUCACCGGCUGUUUGGACGUCUAAUAUAACAGGGGACGCUGGAUAUAAUCCUCUCAACAAAUGGGGCAUGCACUACUGGAUGUUGGAUAUAAUGAUGGAUUGUGAUCAGACAGAGAACGGAUGGUUUGAAAUGAAGGGUUUUCUUAACGGUAACUGGGGGAAUGAUAUCGGCCAUCAAAAAUGUACAGGUGAUGGUGCUGCUGGCCCUGAGUUAAUCUCUGGUAAUCAUUACGCCAGAUGUGGAUUUCUAAAUGUCUUCCACUGGAAUCAGCAAGUGUGUCUAAUUGACAACAUUCCAUAGAUUAAUAUUGUUCCUUUCAUCAAUAAAAUCUUAUGAUUACUGAU